CAUAUUCUUUCCCCACCAACCUUUAAAAUUCUGAGGAACCUUCAAAGUGUGCACCCUUCAAUAUUUGUUCGUCCCCCUGCCGAUAUAAAUAGUAGGCUAUAAUUUCAGGUCCCUUAAGAAUUAAAGCAUCACUCCUUUGCUGAAAAUCACUUGCUGCAAAUACAUCAGCAACAAUGACAUCUUUUUCUUGUUCUUCAAAUGUUUCUAGUACUCUCCUAAUCUCUAUAUGGGUUAGUUCUUUGAUAAUUGCAUCUGCCGGCAACUUUUACCAGGACUUUGAUAUUACAUGGGGAGAUGGUCGUGCUCAGAUACUCAACAAUGGUGAACUCCUCACCCUUUCCCUUGACAAAGCCUCUGGCUCAGGUUUCCAGUCCAAAAAUGAGUUUUUGUUUGGAAAGAUUGCUAUGCAGCUCAAGCUUGUCCCUGGCAAUUCUGCAGGCACUGUCACCGCAUAUUAUUUGCGCUCUGAAGAUUCUGCAUGGGAUGAAAUAGACUUCGAAUUCUUGGGCAACUUAAGUGGUGAACCUUACAUUCUUCACACAAAUGUAUUCAGCCAGGGCAAAGGAGACAGAGAGCAACAGUUCUACCUCUGGUUUGAUCCAACCGCUGAUUUUCACACCUAUUCUAUUCUCUGGAAUCCCCAACGUAUCAUCUUCUAUGUUGAUGGCACUCCCAUUAGAGAGUUCAAAAACUUGGAAUCGAUUGGUGUUCCAUUCCCAAAGAACCAGCCCAUGAGGAUACAAUCUAGUCUCUGGAACGCUGAUGAUUGGGCCACAAGAGGUGGUCUAAUCAAGACUGAUUGGAGACAAGCUCCCUUCACUGCCUACUACAGAAACUUCAAUGCUGAUGCUUGCAUCAGGUCUUCAGGAGCAUCAGUUUGCAAUUCAAACUCUCCUGGUAACAAUGACAACGCAGCUUGGCUCUCGGAAGAACUGGACUCCACAGAUCAAGAGAGGCUCAAGUGGGUGCAGAGGAAUUACAUGAUUUACAAUUACUGCUCUGACACAAAACGAUUUCCCCAAGGCCUCCCAGAAGAAUGUGCUGUCAAUAACUCAUCUUAAACAGAACACAACAAAUACCCACUACUCUUUCAUCCUUUGCUUCUUUAAUAUUGAGAAAUGAAAUUCUUUCAACUAGUAGUUUUUUUUUUUUUUUUGUGCAAUAAGAAAAAAAUGGAAUUUAUUUAUUUUUUUGGCUGUAAUAAAGAACAGAAUCUACAUAUUAUAACAGUAAAUUUUUUUGUUUCUC